AAAAUUCAAUUCCAAGUUUACAUGGCGCACAGUCAAAGCUCAUUUCAAUUGUAGACGCGACAGCGAACACCUUGAGAAGCGCGCACCAUAACGGCAUACUAUUCACUUCGUGUACCAACUGAGCAGCCGUACUUUGUCAUUUGCGUGUGUGUGUGUGUGCGUGUAUUAGUGUUGUGUGAACAGAUAAAUAUACGCAGGCGUUUUAAAAGUUUCCUUUAUGCACACGAAAUUGAUCCUAUGAUCAACGCAAGCGUGAACCCAAAUAUAAAAAUUAUAACAGUACAGGACGACAGUGUAAAGUAGAGAAGCAGCAGUGGUUAUAAUCUAAUAAUUUAUAAUUAAAGAAAUAUAACCUUGGGAAAAUAGAAGUGAAUAAACUCUCGUGUUUAGAAAAUUAAAUUUUUUUUUUUAAAUAAACAUGGCUUAUAUAACCAAAUAUAUAUAUCGGCUAUUGCGUGAUAUAUUCGAGCAACACAGAGAUCCACGCGUGCAACAUUUACCGCUAGUGGGCUCCCCGCUACCCGUAGCCGUUUGUAUUGUAUCCUAUUUGUCCUUUGUUUUGUAUUAUGGUCCCAAAUGGAUGGAAAAUCGAAAACCAUUCAAUUUGAAAUAUAUCAUGCGCGUAUAUAAUGCGAUACAAGUGCUUGCCAACUUGGUUAUAUUUGUUGUUGGCAUACCAAACUCGUAUAUGCGCAAGGAGUUCAGCUUAACAUGUCAACCGAUUGACCACACCAACACAGAGCCCUGGAUGUGUACAUUAAUUUAUCUUACCUAUCUCUAUUACAUCACCAAGUAUUUAGAUUUACUUGAUACGAUUUUCUUUGUGCUGCGCAAGAAAAACAAUCAAAUCACCUUCUUGCAUGUUUACCAUCAUGCCGGCAUGGUUUUCGGUGUUUACGCGUUUACGACCUUCUUGACAGGCAGUCACAGCACCAUGAUAGGCAUCAUCAAUGCUCUCAUACACACCGUUAUGUAUGGCUAUUAUUUUGUGACGUCCGUGUGGACCGUUGAACGCGCCCUCUGGUGGAAACGUCACAUAACCCAGCUGCAACUGCUGCAAUUCGGCUAUUUAUUUAUACACUUUCUAAUGGCCAUCGUACGCAACCAUUGCCAACAUCCGUUGAUUAUAACCUUUGUCGGCCUUAUACAGAAUCUUUUCAUGUUUGCUCUAUUCCUCGAUUUCUAUUACAAGGAAUACAUAAGGAAACCGAAAUUGCUGGCUAGGGAGCAGCAACGUCAACGUCAACGUCAAAAACAGCAACAGCAGCUGCAAAAUCCGCAGACGCCUUCACAACAGCAAGGCAACUGGGCAACGCAACGCAAACAGUCGGUCAAUGUGCAAACACCGUUAACCUCCGUAGAGUCGGAUCAAUGCGAACAGAGUCUGCAACAGACAUGCGUCACGCAGACGUCCGAACAAUUGAAUUUAUGCAGCAACACGGCAAGUGGGAAACAGAUCCCUGCAAUGCCAACGUCUAGCUUGCUUAAAGCGAAGUAUAGUUAGAGUUAUGUACAUACGGAUUUUUUUAUUUCAUUUUAUUUGCCUUUUUCCUUAAUUAUUAUUUUUUAUUUAAAAAAAGCAGCUACACUUAUUUAGUCUUUUAAUCAAAUAUAUUUUCUGUGUAAAAUAGUCAAUUUCAGCAAUGAAGUAUUAAACGACC